AUGCAGGUAAAAUUAAUAUUUAAUAUUUUAAGAUAUAUUAAACAUUUAAAUAAAUAAGGUUGAAGUGUAAAAUAAUGUAGAUAUUUAAUCAAUAGAUCUCAUCAUUAGCUGAUUAGAAAGGAUUAAAGAAAAAAAAAAAAAAUGGGAUAAUAAAUUAUAAUUAUCAGAAACUGAAACUCAAAUCUAAUCGAAUUAAAAAACGAAUUUAUACAGUAUUUUAGUCCAGAAAUAUAACCUAAUCAAGGUUUAAAUCAUAUUUGACCUUAGAACUUGUCCCAAGCAUUUAAGAAUAAGAUGAAUAAUUAGAUUAUCUAAAUGAAGAAUCCAAAAGACUCAAACUACAAAAAUAUUCACUUGAUUACCUUGAAGAUAGUUAAUAUUUUAAUAAUUCUAAAAAAAAUUAAUUUUUUGAUGAUUUUUGUGAUGUUUGA